CUGUCUGUCUAUCUAGUUUCAUCAUCAAUUCCCACCAUAUCAUAUGUCUGUGUAUCCCUCGUCUCAUCACCUCUCUCCACAAAAAUGGCGGUUCCCUUCUUCAGUUCCACUUUUGCGUCCAGUUUCAGUUUCUUUCAUCCCGCUCCCAAACUCAAACUCUGCUCCAAUCACUUGCUCCGUUGUACCGCGCCAUUCUCAGCCGGUUUGGAGGCCGGAGUCUUCCUGAGCGUGGGGGCACACGUAAUUCCCCAUCCGGACAAGAUCGAGAAAGGCGGAGAAGACGCUUACUUGGUCAGUAGCCAUCGCGGCGGAGUUAUCGCCGUGGCCGACGGCGUUUCCGGUUGGGCGGAGAAAGAUGUGGAUCCUGCUCUCUUCUCCCGCGACCUCAUGGCCAAUGCCUCUGCCUUUCUGCAAGAUCAACAGGUUAACUACGAGCCUCGGAUUCUGAUUCAGAAAGCACAUUCUGCUACUUCCUCCGUCGGCUCUGCUACCGCAGUUGUUGCAAUGCUGGAAAGGAAUGGAAUACUGAAGAUUGCCAAUGUUGGGGACUGUGGUGUUAGAAUCAUUCGAAAAGGGCAGAUAGUGUUUGCAACAUCUCCUCAAGAACAUUAUUUUGAUUGCCCCUACCAAUUGAGUUCAGAGGCUGUUGGGCAGACAUUCGUUGAUGCCACGGUUAUGACUGUCGAGUUGAUGGAAGAGGACACCAUUGUGAUGGGCACAGAUGGCCUUUUCGACAAUGUUUUCGACCGGGAAAUUGUUUCAGUUGUUGGUUCUUGCAGGAAUGUUUUGGAUUCUGCAAAGGAAUUAGCUAAAAUUGCUCACGACCACUCAUUGGACUCCAAUUUCGACUCCCCUUAUUCACAAGAAGCUCGAACCCAUCUGAUUUCUGUUGAGCAGGGCAUUGAUGUUCCCUGGUGGAAGAAAAUUAUGGGCAUGAAAUUAACAGGUGGGAAGCGGGAUGACAUUACUGUCAUCGUUGCGGAGGUGAAGAGCUCUUUCAUCUCUUAAUUCGUAGUAGAAAGAAAUAAGAGUAUUUGGAUUGGGAAUGCCCCUGCAACAGCAGCACCAGCAGCAACGCAAUGCAAUGCUAUGAGCAGCAGCAGCAGGUAUAUAUAUAUAUACAUUAUUGCUCUUUCUCACUUUGUAGCAAGUAUAGUAUAGUAAAGUAUACUUUUGGUUGGCUAGGCUUCUUGGAGAGGAGAGGAAUUCUAUGAUAUAUGAUUAAUCUACUUAUCUUGUUUGUUAGGGGAGAAGAACAUUAAUUUUAAUUAUAUUAUUUUAAAAUAUUUUAGUAAUUUUAUAUA